AUGAACCAAUUUGGGAAUGAAAUCUACUUAUCCUUUUCUGACCAAUUCGAAUUUAUUGAUACUUUGAAAAGUGUAGCUGAAGCAGAAUGUCCUGAUGUUGUCUCAUGUGCCGACAUUAUAGCAAUUGCAACCAAAGAACUUAUUCAAUUGGGUGGUGGACCGGGUUAUUCUGUACAAACAGGGCGAAAAGAUGGACUCAUAUCUAAUGCCCAAGAUGUGAAACUUCCAAGCCCAUUUGCAACUGUUACCGAAAGUAUCUUAGCCUUUGGUGAAAAAAACUUUAACCCCGAAGAAAUGUUGCUUCUUAUAGCUGGCGGUCACACGAUUGGAAAAUCACAUUGUUUGUUCUUUCAAGAUCGACUUUACGAAGGUACAAGCCAGUUUGAUCCAAAUAUGGACUCGAACCUACGUGAACAACUAAGUGGUACUUGCCCCCAAGGUACAAACUCAGAUAACUUCACGUUUCUUGAUCAAAAUCCACUAAGCUCGAGCAAAUUUGACAACUCUUUCUUAGAUCAACUCAUGAAUGGACGAGGAAUCUUACCAAUAGACCAAGCUUUGUCACGUGAUUCUCAAACGAGUAGCUUUGUUCUACAGUAUGCUCAAAAUCCUGGCUUAUUCAAUGCUAAGUUUGCAAGUGUUAUGAUUAAAUUACAAGCCCUUGAUGUCCUCCUUGGCGAUCAAGGACAAAUUAGGAAAGUUUGUAGUAAAGUUUACUAA